UCCUUGGGUGACAGUGGUGGAGUCUCUGGUCCAAGUGACAGUGGUAGCAGGUCCACCAGUGGAGAUACAGUCCCACAUAGACUGUGGCUCUCACUGAGAUGUCUGUAUCAUCAUGGACAGCAUUUGUUGGAAUCUCACAACGAUAUAUACCAGUUGGAGAAUAAGCACUAUUACUGCGACGUAGAUCAACUCUCUGUUGUAAUUCAGCGACAUAAAUAUCUCCUGUUGUCUGCGGAGCUACACCAUCAGGGGGAAACCAUUGUCCACGAUGAGGACCAUUAUUAAUUGUACAACAUGUCAUCAGAUCUGUGCGACACCAAACACUGGUUCUAUUAUCUGUCCCCACUGUUUCAAGGUCUACAUAACUAUGGUUAGGUAGCCCAGCUCCCGUGGAUAUGGAGACAUAAGGGAAAGUCUCACAGUCGACCUCCAGACUACAGAGGAGACUCAACGCAAGCACAAAUCUCGAAUCCAUCGCUGAGUGAAAAUGUACG